AUGCGACCACGUUUUUUGCAACUGUACAUAUAUGAUACUGAGCACGAGUUGCAGAAUAGGAUGCUGGAGAACACACAACUACAUGAAACAUUGGUUUUCAAGUUACAACAAUUGCUACACCGGUAUAAUCCUUUUCUCCAUGUAUUUCGCCAGCUUGCACAACGGUCAGAUGUACAUGAGUGUAGUUUGGUCAUUAGAGAGCGACCUGCUAAUCAGCCACAAUAUAGUCUUCCAACUGCGUCGCAGGUGCAAACUCAUACUGGUAGCCUACGAAGGAUUCAGAAAUUCGUUGGCUAUUACGAUCCACUACAAUAUCCUCUUCUUUUUCCAUUUGGAACUCAUGGAUGGGAUAUCAAUACUCGAAGUCAAAGUGGUGGCAAAGUAUCAUGCCGAACAUAUAAUAGCUAUAUGCUCCAGAUCCGUCCCGAUGAUCAUUCUACCGUAUUGCAAGCAGGGCGACUACUACAACAAUAUGUUGUUGAUAACUAUGUAAAAAUUGAAACUGAAAAGUUAAGAUGGGUUCAAACUAGACAGAAGAAAUUACAGGCUGAAUUAUACCAAGGCUUACAAGAUGCCUUGCACACAGGAGAAACCAAUGUAGAAAAUGUUGGAAGAAAAAGAACAAUAUUACCAUCGUCGUUCAUUGGUAGCCAUCGCGACAUGACCCAACGAUAUGAAGAUGGAAUGACGAUUGUUCUUAAAGAGGGCAAGCCAGAUAUUUUUCUCACAAUGACAUGCAAUCCAUCUUGGACUGAAAUAACUUCAGAACUCAACCCAGUUCAAACUCCACAAGAUCGUCCAAAUCUAACAACAAGAAUUUUUCGAGCCAAAUUUGAACAGCUGAAAGAGGAUGUAAUUACUAAGGGUGUCUUGGAAAAGGUGAAGAGCUAUAUUUAUGUCACUGAGUUUCAAAAAAGAGGGUUGCCACAUGUACAUAUAUUACUAAUCUUAGAAAACAAUGACAAGUUAAUUGACCCGGAACAUUAUGAUAGUUUGGUACGUGCAGAGAUACCAUCUAAAGAAGUAGAACCACACCUAUAUGAUGCAGUGCUAAAACAUAUGAUUCAUGGUCCUUGCGAAACACUUAAUCAAUCUUCACCCUUACCAAUUAACCAAAAUAUCACAGUUGACAAUAGCUGGGUAGUUCCGUACAACCCAUGGCUACUACUAAAGUAUGAUUGCCAUAUUAAUGUUGAGAUAUGUAGUAGUAUCAAGAGUAUAAAGUAUCUCUACAAGUAUUGCUACAAGGGUCCAGACUGGGUUGCAAUGGAAGUUCACAACGGUUCUAAUGUUGAUGAGGUCCAACAGUUUGUUGAUGCAAGAUGGAUCACUGCUCCAGAGGCAUGUUGGAGAAUAUUUAAAUUUAACCUUUACCGAAUGUAUCCAUCAGUGGAAAGGUUACAAAUUCAUUUGCCAAAUCAACAUCAAGUGAGCUUCUAUGAUCACCAAACCAUUCCUGAAAUACUUAAUGAUGAUUAUUUCUCUAGAAUAAUGCUCACUGAAUUCUUUGCCCUAAAUCGUUAG